AUGACAAGUCUUGAAAAUGAAAGCUUGGAUGAUGCCUCUGCUAUUAGUUCAACAUGUUCAACUAAGAGACAAAAAAAUUGUGGUCCUAACUUUGAUGAAAUAUGGUCAUUUUACAUAAAAGGGCCUGGUAGGGGUAAUGGGCAUUAUAAAGCAUCUUGUCAUUAUUGUUCAUCUAUUUGGGAACGUGGAAAACCACAAGUUAUGAAGGCGCAUUUGGCCAAUCAUUGUAAAAAUUGCCCUGAAAAUAUUAGUGAUUACUGGCGCAGAAAGUUAAUCGAAGAAGCUGAUACAAUUCGUAGUCGAACAAUUGAUUUGCAGAAUGUGGAUUGUAUUCCUUCAGAAAUAAAAUGCCAACUUGAUCAAUCAUUAUUAAAGGCAUGGGUAAUGGCUGGAAUUCCAUUCAACGUGAUCAAAAAUCCUUUUAUAAAGGAUUUAUUUAAAAAAUUGAAAUACGAUCCACCAUCACGAUCUACGCUUUCGGGAUGGCUUUUGGAUGCUGAAGUAGCAUGA